GUAGCAUCCUGGUGGAAGACCACAAGUACCCGCUAGCUAGUACUACUAUUUGUGACCUUGCAAGUGCUACUUCUGGGGCUUGAUUGCUCAUCUUGGAAAAAUGAAUAUCUUCGCUUUGUGUAGUAUCCACGUUACAACCUACCGGUACCUACGAGCGUGGAACUGCUGAGCUCCCCAGCCAUUCAUUGUGUGGGACUGGAACCAGCUUCAAUCAUCAACACGAUCAAACUCAGUCGGGUCACAGUUGAGAUCAUUAUUUCACUCCCGAGCUCCCAAGCUGUAUCAAGCAAGGAUCAUCCUCGCCACCACAACAGCUCAUAAAAACAACUCUCGAACAAUAACACAACUACAACACAACUACAACACAACUACAACUUUUAAUUUCCAAACAACUAUGAACACAACCUUCACUAAGAAUGAUAACGUCACUGAGAUGUCAAAUUCCUUUGAUCACGUAGAUCUUUCUGAAAUGCCUGCAUCCAGCAUCGACGAAGAAAAUCAAUCGUCCGUUCUGUCAUCCAAGCUCAUCGGAAUGGACGGUAGCAACCCUGUCGGCUUGACCGAUGAAGAAGCACAAGAGUCUCUCGCCAAGCACGGGUUCAACGAAGUAGUGAUCAAUGAACAACCUAUUAUCCUCCAAAUCCUAUCGAGAUACCUUGGAAUUGUUCCACUUUUCAUUACCACCACUGCUGUCUUGUCCGCCGCCAUCUGGUCGGACUGCACACAAGACCCCAAUUUCGACGAUUGCGAAUGCAACAACCUCAAUGACUGGGCUUCGUUUGUUCUCCUCUUUAUUGAACUGAACUUGGUAGUCUACGCGGACUUUAUGGGAUCCAAAUCUUCUGGUGAUGCCAUGAAACAACUUCAGGCCGCCAGUGCUUCCAAGGUGGGAGUUCGCCGCAACAAUGAAUGGGUCCAGCUACCCACACGAGAACUCGUACCAGGGGAUCUAGUGGCAGUCACAAUCGGAAUGACAAUUCCCGCUGAUGGAAUCGUCGUCCAUGACGGCGAACCAUUGAAACUUGACUACUCCUCCCUCACAGGCGAACCCCUUCCCGAAAAGAAGGGCAAGGGCGCAUCCGUCUUGUCGGGCGCAGUCGUUUUGGUUGGCGAGGGUGAGAUGAUUGUGACCAAAACUGGAGCAACAUCUUCCCUUGGAACGACUCAAGCACUGAUUGCAGAUGCCAAGGCCGAGAAGGAAAAGGGCGGAGAGCUCGCCAACUUGUUGUCCAAGGUGGCCAUGUUUCUGUGCGUUUACGGAUUGUUGGCUGCUCUCAUCAUCGGGGUCUACACUGGUGUCAACUUCGACGGAUCCAGCCUUGCCGAAAGCUUCAAGCUUGCCUUUGUUGUUCUAAGUGCAAUCCUUCCAGUCACAAUGCCCCUCGUCCUCACCACUACCUUGGCUGUUGGUUCACAAGAGCUCGCCAAAGAUGAUGCCUUGGUGCAACGAUUCAGCGCCAUCCCUGAAAUGGCAGGAAUGGACAUUCUUUGCAGCGACAAAACUGGCACCCUUACGUUGGGCGAAAUGACUGUCAUCAAGGAAGAGUGUGUAGUCUUUCAAAAGGACAAGUACACCGUCGACGACAUGAUGGAAUUGGCUUUGGUUUGCAGCCGCAUUGAGCACUCCGACGCCAUCGACAAGGCGGUAACGAAAUUCUUCGAGGACCCUGCCACUGUUUUGGCAGACUAUGAAUUGUCCAAGUUUGUGCCGUUUGACCCAGCUACCAAAAAAGUGACCGCAGUCGCCACCAAGAAAUCCACAGGACAAGAACUAUGCGUUGUCAAGGGUGCUCCUCCCGUGCUCAUGUCAUUCAGCGGCGUUGACAAGGGGACCUACAAGAAGGCAAAGAAGGCGCUGGACGAAAAGUCUGCACGUGGCUUCAAAACUCUUGGUGUCUGCAUCCAGCUGGAAGAGGACAGCUGGGAAUUGGUUGGCUUUCUGUCCAUCCUGGAUCCUCCUCGAUCAGAUACAGCCCACACUGUGUCUAAAUGCUCUGAGCUCGGAGUCGAGGUGAAGAUGAUAACUGGCGACCAAAAACUGAUUGCAAUUGAAGUGGCAAGGCAACUCGGGCUGCCAAAUGGUUUGUUCUUUGACAAGGAAGUCUUCCAUCCGAAUUCGCUGGCAGCCAACCGAGCCGGUGGAUUCGCCAACCUAUGCGAGAAGGCGGGAGGAUUUGCCAGUGUCAGCCCUGAACACAAGCACAGAGUUGUCACAUCACUACAACAAAAGGGCCAUGUCGUUGGAAUGACCGGAGACGGAGUCAAUGAUGCACCAGCUCUGAGCAUCGCCGACGUUGGUAUUGCCGUUGCGGGCGCCACCGAUGCUGCUAGGGGAGCCAGCGACAUUGUUCUUCAGCAAGAAGGUCUCUCCACGAUCGUCAACGCGCUUUAUGGAAGCAGAACCAUUUUCAAGCGGAUCGAAACCUACCUGACAUACAGAAUGUGCAGCAGCUUUGUUUUCGGUUUCGUCUUUGUCCUGAUUUACUGCGCUUCCUCCUACAGCUUUCCGACUUGGACAUUGAUUUUGAUCAGCAUACUGAAUGAUUUUGCAGUUUCCUCGUCGAGCAAGGACAACGUUAUGAUUCAACGAACUCCCCAAAGGUUGAAUAUCUGGAAGGUCGGCGCUGUGGCUGCCUCGAUGGCCAUCGUUAGCUCGCUCCAAACCUGGGGCUUCAUGCAUUCAAUCGUCGACUACGAUGGCAGCGAGCCUCACUUUUGGGGCAUUCGACCCUUGGAUGAUAUAUCCGAGAACAAGAAUUUCACCGGCUGUGAAGCUGCCGCUUUCAACUUCCUUGUCCUCAUAAUCACUCUUCAGUUUGAUCUGAUCGCAGCCCGCUCGCCCAAACCCUUCUUCCUCUUCUCAACUGAAAAAGUCGACGGCCACUUUGUGGGCAUCCCUCCACCGAGCAAGUUUGUAAUUGCCGCCCUGUCGUUCUCCUUGGGAAUCGCUACUCUAAUUGCCGUGUACUGGGAGGAUAACUGGGUCAUUGGAUCUGGUUAUGGAAUGAGUGGCAUCGGUUGGCGAAAUGCUGGCCUUGUCUGGGCCUGGGCUCUUCUUUGGUUUGUCAUCACUGAUCUGGUCAAGAGCUUUGUCGUAGCUCUCUUCGAGAAGAUCGAGAAAGACAGCAGUCAUGGAAAACCAUGGGGGGCCUUCUUUCAAAACACGUUGACACAGGAAUGGGAUCAAGAUAGGGCCGGUGAAAAGAAGAAGCUCGCUAUUGAAAGCCUCCGAGGCCACCUGGCAGAAUACGACGCCUCAGCCAAGAGCAGCCGGGCGGGAUCUGAUCUCUUCUCCAUUGCAGUCGCCUCCAGCCUCCAACUCCAAGACCAGACUGCUCUCGAAGAGGAGGAGGAAGCCAUGGUACCGCUUACCCACCAAGACGAGCUCCUCGCCGUGCAAACUCUGCAGGAUGAUGAGGCUCUCCUUCGAAUAAUUUCCAACAUGGCCCACACAAUCAACGCCUUGCAGCAGCAAGUUGAUGAGCUCUCCGCCGCAAAGGAAAAGGGAGCUGGCACGCAAGUAGAAGUCUAACUCACCAUAGUAUUGAACCCAUUUUAAAAAGCCAACUUGCUUGGAUUCUGUACUAUUCAAUAAGCUG